GUACGUAGUAUUUAAAAGGAAUGUGUUUUGAGAACUAUAGAAAAUGUACACACUAUUUAUGAAAUGUGCAUGCUGUAGUGUGAAAAAGGACAAACUUAAACUAUACUACGUACGUAUAUGCCAGAAUGCCAGAUGUAUCGGACAUCCAAACAAACUGCUAAAUAUGGGCAAUAUAUGUCCUUGUUUGGGUCAAAUAUCCCAUUCAUCAUCCAUGAAAGACUCACACUUAAAACACAUAAAGGCACAAACAAGAACUGAUACCACAAAGGUAACAAUCAUAGUGAUAUUUGCGAUUAUCAAUUUCUUCCUCAUAUCGGCCAGUACUCCCGCUUUACAAGAAUCACAAUUGAAACAGAGCUUGCUUUGGUCAUUGUUCCACUUCUCACAGUCACCGUCUGGUGUGGCAGCGGUUUGGUUGUUUGUUGUAGCAGCUACCCAAUACGUUGGGGUCACAAAAGUGAAGCCACAUUUUGCAGGAGGGACACAACAUCCAGACUGUCAAAUAGCACGUUGUCAAAUUCACUACAAGAAUCUCGCAAAUCAGUGGCGGAUUUUUGUGACGGAAAUGAGUCCGACAGUAUUUAGUGUCGGAAUUUAAUGGGGGCUUAACUCCGCCGGUAUUUAGUGGCGGAUUUUUCGCCAGUAAUUACCGUCAGUAAACAUUGACGGAAAUAUAUCCGCCAUUAAUAUCCGCCAGUAAUUUAAAAAAUUAAAUACUCCCUACCAACUCAUCCUAACUCCACACAAUCUUUAUCCUCACAUCUCACUCGACAUGUUCUCUUCAGCAGCUCCAAACUCGAAAUCUCAGAUUUCAGUAUGAGUAAUAAUAAGUCAUGGAUGUACAAAAGACUAGAGAGACGAGGAUGUCUAAAUGAUGAUUUCAAGGAAGGUGUAAAUGAGUUCAUUCAGACAACGCUAAAUUCAUAUUCCAGCGGUGUCAUUGCAUGUCCCUGUAGAAAGUGUAAAAAUCGAAAAUGGUUGACUUGGGAUAUUGUUAAGCAACACCUAUUUGAGAAAGGUUUUGUUGAGGACUAUUAUGUAUGGGCAGCACAUGGAGAGACACCCAAUUCAAAUGGUCUGGUUUAUUUUGAUCAAGCUAACUCCUCGUAUUGUAAUGCAUCUGAGGUCCAAUAUGAUCCAUACAAAUCAAUGUUUGAUGAUGCAGUAAGGAAUGAAUUCCCAACAGAAAAUCAAGGCGAUUUUCUUGUGAAUGAUGAGCCUAGUGCAGCAUCCAAGAAGAUGUAUGAGAUGCUAGAUAUGACGAAUCAACCAUGCUUUGAGGGUUGUCCAAUGACUGAGUUGAGCGCAAUGACUGAAAUGUUGAACAUAAAGACUGAGAUGAAUCUAUCUGAGGCUGCCACAGACAGGAUUGCUCAAUUUGUGAAUAGAUUUUUCCAAACUAAAAUCCCCAAUAGGCCUAUACCAAAUUUCAACAAAAUAAAAAGGAAGUUAUCAUUGUUGGGAAUGACAAGCCAGUCUAUUGAUUGUUGCCCAAAAGGGUGCAUGAUAUAUUGGAAAGGAGACAAUGAGCUAAUGGAGUGCAAGUUUUGCGGUGGUGCAAGAUACAGGAUCAGUAAGCAAACAAAAAAAGCAAUUCCACUUACAAAAAUGGAGUACUUCCCACUUACUCCUAGAUUACAAAGGCUUUAUGCAUCAGAUACUACCGCAGAGAAAAUGAGGUGGCACAAAGUUCACCAUAGAGAAGAAGGAGUUAUGCGUCAUCCAUCGGAUGCAAAGGUGUGGAUUCAUUUUGACAAUCUCCAUCCAGAUUUUGCUGAAGACCCGAGAAAUGUUAGGCUUGGUUUAUGCAGUGACGGGUUCCAUCCAUUUGGACAAUUUGGUCAGAAAUACUCUUGUUGGCCUAUCAUAGUGACACCAUACAACUUGCCACCAGGUACGUGUAUGAAACAACAAUUUUUAUUUUUGUCUAUAUUGGUACUUGGACCAAGAAUUCCAACAAAGAGGAUAGAUGUGUAUUUGCAACCAUUGAUAGAAGAGUUGAAACAAUUGUGGGAGGUUGGGGUUGUAACGUAUGAUGCAUUCUCAAGGGAGAAUUUCAAUAUGCGAGCUAUGUUGCUAUGGACAAUAAGUGAUUUUCCCGCAUAUGUCAUGCUUUCUGGAUGGAGUACAAAGGGAAAAUUUGCAUGUCCAUGUUGUACUGAGUUUACUGAAGCAUUUUGGCUAUACCAUAGCAAAAAACAUAGUUGGUUUGAUAAUCAUAGAAAGUUCCUACCAAGUGAUCAUCCAUUUCGGUUUGAUAAUGUGAACUUUACUAAGGGAAAAUCAAUCUUCUAUGGCCCUUCCGUUAGCAAGAGAUGGUUCAUACUGCUAUGAUGAGGUCAGUUCCCUGAUGUCUGUGACUGAAGUAGGAGGUAUUGAGCAUAAUAAAAUAGUUGGACGAGAUAUUAGAUGGAAGAAACGUAGUAUAUUCUGGGAUCUCCCAUAUUGGAAGGAUUUGCUUAUACGACAUAAUCUCGACGUGAUGCACAUAGAGAAGAAUUUCUUUGAGAAUAUGUUUUAUACAAUUUUGGGGGUGCCAGGAAAAUUGAAGGACCAUGCUAAAGGGAGAAUGGAUAUGGAACAAAUUUGCCAUAGGCCGAGUAUGGAGAGGGACGGUAAUGGAAAAUUCCCUAAGGCUCCUUUUACUAUUUCAAGUGAGCAAAUGACAGUGUUAUGCAAUUGGGUUGAUUCACUGAAGUUCCCAGGUGGCUUUGCAUCUCGGUUAGGACGUUGCAUAGAAAUUGAAAAACUUAAAGUGUUUGGCAUGAAGAGUCAUGAUUGUCAUGUGUUUAUGCAACGUUUAAUUCCGAUUGCUUUUAGAGAGAUGUUACCUGCUUCGGUUUGGGAGGCAAUCACAGAGAUUAGCUUAUUCUUUCGUGAGUUAACAAGAAAGAGUAUCACCGUUUCUGACAUGGAGAAGCUAAAGGCAGAUAUUCCCAUUAUUCUAUGCAAGUUGGAGAAGAUUUUCCCACCAUCAUUCUUUGACCCCAGUGAACAUCUUGUAGUACAUUUACCAGAUGAAGCUUUGUGGGGCGGACCUCCACAGUAUCGUUGGAUGUAUCGUUUUGAAAACUUAGUGUCUUUUACUUUUUCUCUUUCAAUUACUAUAAUCUUUUAUAAAUUUGACUUCAUGUCUUAAGCGUUAUCAUUGACAUAGUUUCCUAGGAUCAGUGUUGAAGACAAAAAUUGGAAACAAGGCAAGAGUUGAGGCCUCGAUCAGGGAAGGUUAUUUGCAAAGUGAGAUGGGUACAUUUGCGAGUUACUAUUUCCCGGAGGAAGUGGUUACAAAAGAACGCCGUGUGCAUAGAUUGGAUGAUGGUUUCUUUAUUAAUGAGGAUGCUAGUGCUUCAAUUUUUGCACAAAAGGCAAAAGCAGUCGGUGCCCGCACGCGGCGACACAUGAACCAAAAUGAAUCCAGUGUAGUUCACUCGUAUGUGUUGCUAAACUGUGUAGAAAUCCAAUCAUUCCGAGAGAUGUUUAUCAAUACAACAAGAUUAACUGCUUCUGAGCAAGCCCAACUACAAGCGAACUUUCCUUUAUGGUUUUACCACUACGUGGAAAACGACACAAUAGAUCAUCCACGAUGGCUUCGUGCUUUAUCUAGAUUCCCCUCUCCAUAUGUGACUACUUACCAGACGCUUAACAUAAACGGCUAUAAAUUUAACACUAUUGAGCAUUCUGAAGACAGGGUUACAUGUAAUUGUGGGGUUAUGGUGAAGUGCACCGGUUUUGAUGGAUCGAGGCUCGAUUAGUAUGGAUUGAUACAAGAAAUUAUUCAGUUGGAAUAUCAAGAAUACAAGGUACUUGUUUUCAAAUGUAAAUGGUUUGAUCCUUCUGAUAGAGGUACACGAGUCCAUCCAUUAUACAACAUAGUUAAUGUACAAAUGCAACACGUACUUCGUACUCCAGAUUGCUAUAUUUUAGCAUCACAGGCCGAUCAAAUUGUGUAUGUACCGUAUCCGAGUGCAAAGAGGAAGGUCAACAGAUGGCAAUCUGUUGUUCAAUGCAUGCCCCGAGCUUUUAUUCCAUAUUAAUCAGUUUAUCAAAUGAGAUUUUAGUCCAUAUUACUCCGUAAUAAGUAAGAAUAUAUGCAAUACUUGACAGAUUAUAAUAGCAACCAAUUAACAUAUACAACUUAUUCAUGCUUAAUAAACACUUUUUUUUACAUUUCCAUAGUUUUCAAUAGCAACUUGCAGG